AUGAACCCUGCUGGCAGUGUCUUCCUGCUGUUCCUUGUGCUGGGUGAGACUCAGAUAGCCUGGGAAGGGUCUUGGCGACGCUCUUCUUCCAAAAAGAAAGAUCUACAGUCAGUGUGUGGACGUCCUAAAUAUUCAGGCCGUAUUGUGGGUGGCCAAGAUGCCGUUGAGGGGCACUGGCCUUGGCACGUCAGCCUGUACUUCGGCCAGACAUACAUCUGUGGAGGUUCCCUCAUCAGCGACAGGUGGAUACUGACAGCAGCACACUGCCUAAAAAGGACCUGGAUGCCUUUCUUACAUUAUACUGUGUGGUUGGGAACGAUGAAAAUAGACUAUUUAAAUAGUGGUGUGAAACAUUAUGUGCUUAGAACAAUUUUCCAUCCCCAAUCCCAAAAUACAACUGCAGACAUUGCCUUAUUGAAACUGAUCCCUAGAGUCACCUUCACUUCUUUUAUCCUGCCCAUCUGCCUGCCCAAUGUCACAAAGCAGAUGACAAUUCCUGGCUCUUGCUGGGUGACUGGAUGGGGACAAGUUCAUGAAACUGAAGGUACUGAUUACGCUUCCACCCUCCAGGAAGCAGAAAUACUCGUCAUUGACCGCCAAACUUGUGAAUAUCUCUACAACCCACUCAUCGCAGUAGCACCAGAAUUAGAGACAAUCAUCAAGGAAGACAUGAUUUGUGCUGGUGAAAAUCAUAAAAGGGAUAGCUGCAAGGGUGAUUCUGGAGGGCCUCUGUCAUGUCAUAUUGAUGGUGUAUGGACCCAGAUAGGGCUGAAAAAUCACUUUGGUGGUUGUGCAGAGAAUGAAUUACAGAGAAACAAUUCAGAAGUUAGAAAGGCUAGUUAUAAGACUGUUGCAAAUGGUGAUAGAAGCCCACACCAGGUAGCAAUGAGAAUGGAGAGAAGAGAUUCAAGAGCCACAAAGGAGGUAGAUCCAACAGAAUACGGCAACUGA